CACGCCUCCGGAGGCAUCCCGGCCAUGGCGCGCGGGCCCUCGCCCACCCACGAGGGCAGCGCGAGCAGCACCGGCAGCGGCCACAACUCGCGGGGCGGCCGCGGGUCGAGCGAGGAGAAAGAACUGACGCCCGGGCAGAAGCGACGGAAGGAGCAGAACCGCGCCGCACAACGCGCGUUCCGCGAGCGCAAAGAGCGCCACGUCAAAGAGCUCGAGCAGCGGCUGGCGUCGCUGGAGCAAGCGAACACGCGGGCCGCCGUGGAGAACGACAAGCUCAAGGCGGCGCUGGAGAAGACACGGCUCGAGAACCGUUUGCUGCACGAGAACACGAUUCGCGGCAGCGGCAGCAGCGGGAGCUUGGGCGGCGGCAGUGGCGGGCGGCACUCCCCGCCGCCUGAAGUCGGCCCCAUGGCGUUCAAACCGCUGGACCCAGAAUCGCUGCGCUCCAACCCGCCAGCGAAGUUUACCUCGCCGAUAUUUGGGCAGCACCCGAACCGCGGGCCGAUCCAUCGCAUCACCACCUCACCGAGCACGGGCGAGAAGCUGCUCGGCGCGGGCGCCGCCUGGGACCUUAUCAUGUGCCACCCGCUUUAUGAACAAGGCCUCGUCGAUAUUGGUGAUAUCAGCGAGAGGCUAAAGACCCUCGCUCGAUGUGAUGGGCAGGGCCCCGUCUUCGAGGAGAGUAUCAUCCUCGAUGUUAUACAGGCUAGUCGUGGCAGUGGGAGGGACGAGCUGCUCGUCGAUAGUGGGGCACGCGAUUAUUAGGCGGGCCGGCGGGCGGGAUUGUGCGGACUUGGAACUUGGAACUUGGAACUUGGAACU